ACAGUAGCCUACCUGUGUCUCUUUUCCACCUGCAGAAAUAGAUUUUAUAAAUAUUAAUAUUUGCCAUUUGCGUGGCCAAUUUUAUAAAUAAAAAAUCAUUAUUAUCCGAUAUCUACGUUGUCGAAAGUUUACGAACUGAUUAUACAACAACAAACUGCUUUUAAGAGACGCGGAAACUGAACGCGCCCUGGGGUAAAAGUUUGAGGAAGAGAAAAGAGGUAUCGAGACAGCGGAGGUGGGUUAGUGCCACUCCUAUUUCUUCGACUAGAUACUAAUAGUUGGACGGCUUUCUUUCCGAUACAGCGAGCGCAGCAGACCACCAGUCCUCUCCAAUCUCCUCCUGAUCUCCAACCUCAACUGAAGAACAAUGUCCUCCGGAGUCAAAGUCCACGAAUCUGUGGACGAAUACGUCCAGAAGAUGCUGAUGCCUUCCAAAGGCGCGAAAGAAGACCGGCUGAAGGUAGUCAUAAUGCGCCUCAACGAUAAAAAAGAUUCCAUCAUCGUGGACGAGGAGAACACCAAAUACCUGAAGGACUUUAAGGACAGUGAUGAUGUCUUCAAGGAGGUCAUGAAGCUAUUCAAGAAAGAACAGUGUUGCUAUGCCGUGUACGACUGCUUCUACGAGACCAAAGACUGCAGCGGCAAGGAGGAACUGGUGUUCAUUAGCUGGUGCCCUGACGAUGCUUCCCUCAGGGACAAAAUGAUUUACGGCGCCUCAACGAAUGGAGUGAAGGGGAGAUUUCCUAGCAUCAAGCAUCAUUUGCAGAUGAACGAUUCAGGAGACAAAACCUCCGACGGUGUGCUCGAUAAGUUAGGAAAAGGUCGUGUGGUGCAGCUGGAAGGGAAGCCCGUCUAAAGCGCACGUGCGGUAGGCCGAAUCCCUGGAGGCACCACUGCACCUCAGCAGCACGAACAGGACAAUCACAAAUAUACCGGCCUGCGUUGGCUUUUUCUCGCUUUUGCUACUAGCUGCUUUGGAUGGUACAAUGUGGGGAAAAUUGUCAACAUACAAUUAAAGUCUUGUGAUCUGGAUGGAUAGUAUUGAAUUUUUUUUUUUUUUGAUGAAUAGAUGCAUUUUCCUGAAAACGGUCAGCAUGCUUUUGUGUUCCCAUUGGUUAAGCUCUCUUGCAUAAAUACAAUACAUGCAGAUGGCAGCUAUACUUCAGUCCACCACAGAGUUUGGUCAUGCCCCCAGAUUGCUAUCCUUUGCCACUGCUAUGAAUCGGUUUAAUUUUGUUUCUCCUACAUCGCAAAUUGGUUUCUCCAGAGCUAACCAGAUGACAUCACCACAACCUUGCUUUUUGUAAAUGUGUGCCAGUGUAAGAAGAUAUCCAGUUGUGAGAAAAUUGUUACAUUCCUGCCCCUUCUAUUAAUAAAUAAAGCCAUCCAAGGAAA